AUGGCGGAGUUGACUCGCCAAAACCAAGAAUUGCGAAUGGAGAUUAAUAUGAGGAGGCAAACACAAGAAGAACGUGAAGGAAGACAAACAGAUAGUCACGGUGGAAGAGAGAACACCGAAGUUGGAAUCAAGUUUCCAACAGAACACGGGGUAGGACAGGUACAAGGUGACCAACUGGCAGCAAGAGAGUGUUACUUGGCCAUGCUGGCCAUGGAUGAACAAGUUCAAGCAAUGAACAUUGAAGAAAAGAGGGUUGUGGCAGAACCUACUGAAGCAUUGGAAGAUAUUCCCUUGGAUGAAAAUAACCCUGAGAGGUGGACCAGGGUUGGAGCAGAUUUAGAAGAGAAGAUUAAGACGGACCUCGUCCAAUUUUUGAAGAACAACAUCGACGUGUUUGCGUGGAGUCAUGAUGAUAUGCCGGGAUACAAUCAGAUAAGAAUGGACGAGGCUGAUCAAGAGAAGACAUCUUUUGUCACCAGUCAAGGUUUAUUCUGCUAUAAGGUGAUGCCGUUUGGUUUAAAGAAUGCAGGGGCGACAUAUCAGAGGUUGGUCAACCACAUGUUCCGUCCGCAAAUUGGGCGGAAUGUGGAAGUCUUUGUAGAUGACAUGCUGGUUCUCAAAAAAGCAUUCGAAUGGACCGACGAGUGUCAGAGAGCUUUCGAAGAUUUGAAGGUAUACCUUACCAGGGCACCGUUGCUAAGUCCAUCAGUGGAAGGAGAGGAACUGUAUUUGUACCUAGCGGUAACCCCGUAUGCUGUGAGCUCAGCAUUGAUAAGAGAGGAAGAUAAAGUCCAAAGACCUGUGUAUUAUACAAGCAAGGCAUUGAAAGGAGCGGAAGGACGAUAUCCACAAAUGGAGAAGUUGGCCUUCGCACUGAUCACAGCUUCAAGGAAGCUGAGGCAUUAUUUCCAAGCACAUGUCAUUAAUGUUAUGACAGAUCAUCCUCUCAAAAAAGCAAUGAAUAGACUGGAAGCUGCAGGACGAUUAAUCCAGUGGGCUGUGGAGCUAAGUGAGUUCGAUAUCAGAUAUCAACCAAGGCAUGCCAUAAAAGCUCAAGCCUUAGCAGAUUUUAUCGCAGAGUUUACCCCGAGUCAUAAUGAGGCAGAGGAGAGCGAGAGAUGGAUCGUCCAUGUGGAUGGUUCGUCUACACGGCAUGCAGGAGGAAUUGGUGUGGUCCUGCAGUCCCCAGAGGGAGACAAACUGAAACAUAAAGUCCGUCUACAGUAUCAAGCGACAAACAAUGAAGUUGAAUAUGAAGCCCUCCUCAAAGGGCUAGAAUUGGCGAAGUCCGUGGAAGCCAAGUCCAUACGUGUUAUGGGAGAUUCCCAACUGAUCAUGGGGCAAGUGAAUGGGAUGUAUGAGGCGAGGGAAGGACGAAUGAAGAAAUACCUUAGUAGGGUGAUGCGCCUUGUGAAAAGGUUCGAAAAAGCUGACUUCGUUCAAAUCCCCAGGGAGGAGAACGUGGAAGCUGAUACUAUAGCAAAAGAGGCCUCAGCAGAUGAAUCAUUAGAGAAGUCAGAUGAAGUUCAGUAUAUGCCGAGUAUAGAUGCCCAGGAAGUACAGCAGGUGGAUGACAGAGAAAGUUGGAUGACUCCCAUUAUAUCAUAUUUGAAAGACGGACGACUACCAGAAGAAAAGGACGAGGCCAGAAAGGUGAGGGUGAGAUCAGCUAGAUACGUCCUUAUGAAUGAAGUGCUAUACAAGAGAGGCUUCUCUCAACCUUACCUUAGGUGCCUUGCUCCGGACGAAGCGAACUACGUGCUGAGAGAAGUUCACGAAGGGGCAUGUGGCAAUCACUCGGGAGCCAGAUCACUUGUCCACAAGGUCGUCCGUGCAGGAUAUUACUGGCCGAACAUGCAAGCUGAUGCAAAAGCAUACGUUAAAGUCUGCGACCAGUGCCAGCGAUUUAGCAAUGUCCCCAGGCAACCGUCGGAAUACCUCACCCCAAUGGUAGCACCGUGGCCCUUUGCACAAUGGGGAUUGGACAUUUUGGGUCCCUUCCCUUUGGGAGUAAGACAGAUGAAGUUUUUAGUUGUGGGCAUCGAUUACUUCACCAAAUGGGUGGAGGCAGAACCGUUGGCACAUAUCACACAACAGAACGUUAAGAACUUCGUGUGGAAGAACAUUGUUUGCAGAUUUGGAGUGCCGAAGGACCACUGUGAGGACCCCUACAGGGGAGACCCCUUUCAAGUUGGCCUAUGGAAGCGAUGCAGUCAUACCUGCAGAAGUGCAUAUGGCUAA